CUUUGUUUUAUUCUGAUGUCCGGAAAGAGCAAGAAAGAUUACAUCAGUGUGUUACAUGGCGUAAAGCAACUACUUCCAGAGGCCAUCGCUCUUAGCGAGUGCAUGGUAGAUUUCGAAGAAGCGAUGUGGAAAGCAAUUCGAGAUGUUUAUCCUGCUGUGAACAUUAAAGGGUGUGCGUUCCAUUGGAAGCAGGCAGUCUGGCGACACAACCAGUCUACUGGCUUGCAAAUAGCCUACAUGGAGGAUGAAGCAACAUUCAAGCUGCUUCGUAAAGUGAUGUCCCUCCCGUGUUUGCCAGUGGAAGUUAUUCCAGACAUGUUUACUAGACUUAGAAGACAGGCAACCACUGGAAGACUUGAGGAGGUAUUUCAGUAUAUCCAGAUGCAGUGGAUUGAAUCUGCAGUCAUGCCACCCUCCACAUGAUCCUGCUACAUGCAAAGUACAAGGACCAACAAUGAUGCGGAGGGCUGGCAUGCACGCCUCAACAGACGUGGUCAUCAGAAUCUAAAUUUUUAUUUACUGAUACAGUUACUACACCGUGAGGCAUCUCUACUAUUGACACAGGCUCGCUUGGUACAUGUAUCUGAAAGCAAAUUAAGAAAGAGACAGAAGAAAAUAUACAGAGUAAUGCAAGAACGUAUGUUCUUAUGGGAG